CAGUUAACCUGAUCUUUUUUCCCCCAUGUGCUUCAAAAGAUUCUUUUGUGAUUGAGAUUUUAUUGGUUGUGAUGAGGAUGGGUGUAGACAUUUCAAUUUGUACACAGUUCUUAACAUUCGUGCCUACAAUCUAAAAAGCCAUUAAUUGUAAUUAUUUUUAAACGGCUAUUUCAGUAACUUUCCAGCUUAAAAUUCAUAGUUCCAUUAAGAGGAUAUCAAGUAUCAGUAUCUUCAAAUAUUGAUAAGCUGGUAUAUAGGUCCCACCAUUCACAAUUUAUUACCAUAUAUACUACAUGAACAAAAUUAUUAGGAAAAUGGGACUACCACGACCAAAGAUGUUACAGAGCGUAUGCAGUUCUGACAGCGCCAUGAUUAAGGGAGUGGUUUUCUUUAGGAAAUAAUUGUUCUAAAAAAAAACAAUGUGGGAAAAGAAGUAAUCUCAAAUGUUCAAUACAUUAAAUGUGGGACUAAGACCCCAUAUUUACAUUUAGUAUGCUUUGUUUUAUAUGAUAAUAAAAACAAGCUUCCCUCCCAUCUAUAGAAUGUUAAACUGAUGCCCAAGACAGUCACAGCCUCCCAUAAUUCAACAUCCUACACUAUUUUCUGGUUGUACAAAAAAAACCAAACAAAUUAUUUCACCUCUUUAAAAAAAAAAUGUUUACACAUAAGAAAUGGGAUGAGGGAAUUCCCUCCUUCUUGAAAAUGUUUCUAGAGCUACUAAAAUGCUAGGAUUUACAAGAUAGUUAAUAAAGAUAUUCCUCUAGAUCAGUGAUUUUUUUUUUUCAAAAGAUCAUUAAAUUAUUUUGAAAGAAGUUCAAAGCACAGUAAGUAUAUUCUAUUUUUUUUUUACUCUCUUUUUUCUUUUUUUUUUAUAAGCAUGAUUUAAGUGUGCUACCUAAGUUGACUUUAGGUUCUUUCGAGUGUGCCAUGAGAUAACAAACACUGCUCUAGAUUGUACAAGAAGGGAGACGGGGACCCCUUGAAAUACAUGGUAUAUAUUAAUCAGACUUGGCUUCUGUCUCUCCUGGCUUCCUCAGAGGCUGGACUCCUCGAUUUUAGUUACUCCGUUUUCUGCAGGUAAAUCAUCUUUCGUUUCCUGGUUAGCCACUUCAGCCUGUUUUUCCUUUGUUCUCCUUUCCCCUUUGGUUGCACUUUUUUGUCUGAAGAUUUAUCCUUUGCUACUGCCUUUUUUUGGCUUCAUUUCCACUUUUGCAGGAGCAGGUUUAGCUGACAACCACGACAAUCACCUGGUGGGCUCUUCCUUCACCGCACCUUCAGCAGAGCCGACCCUACUCUUCGACAUCUUGGUGGUGGGGAGGGCGCAUGCCAGGUGCUGGGCCAUUGCACACUGAGAGCCUUUAUGAAGCUGGGCUGCCUGGUCGCUGCUAUUCUUCCUCUGGCUGGAGCUGCUGAGACUCGUGGUGGGGGCGGUGGGAGAAUGGACUGGAACCGAUUUUACCUAAUUUUCCAUAGACCAGAUAUGCACCACAUGUAUUCAGUGGAAGGCUGACCUCUACAUAUUCACCACUUCUGUAAGUUGUAUCUUUACUACUUGGACUGUGAUACACAAUAUUAAUUUGCCUUCUAUAACUUGACCAGUUGAGUCCACUGUACACCAAGGAAUAGAAAAGGUGUGGGUUUGCCCCUUAGUUGUAUCAUUUUAUCUUAAGUACAAGUUCUUUUAUGUUUUAUUACCACGUGUUGCUUUAGGCCUAACAUUCUAUUGUUUAUCAUGUAUUUCGGAAGAUUUUUUUCAACAUAAAGAACUGGUCUGAGUUGUGGGUACAUCCUACAAUUGCUGAAAAAUUUUACGGUUAAUUGAGACAUUAUGGCCCAAAAGAAAGAACUCAAGGAGCUGACAUUGAAGGAAAAGGUUAAUCUUCUGCAUUUUCUGGAAAGCAGCAGCCAAAGAAAGACAGCAGAACAUUUUGGUGUUAGCAAGACCACAGUUAGCAACAUCCAAAAACGUAAACAUGAGUACUUGGAGAGAUAUGGUAAGGAAAGUGGAGACCUACAGCGAAAAAGAAGGAAAACUUCCCUCAAUGAAGUAAAUGAAGCCACAUUAAGCUGGUUCAAACAAAUGAGAGCAGUUAAUGCCCGAAUCUCUGGGCCAAUGAUCCAAGAAGUAGCUAAAAAAUUUGCACGGGAAUUUGGGGUAGCAGACUUCCAAGCAUCAAGUGGCUGGCUCGAGAAGUUUAAACUGCGACAUGAGAUCUCCCAGAAAGUCUUCUGUAGUGAAUCCAAUGAAGUUCCAGUAAAAGUACAUGAAGUAGCUGAUGAAGUCAAAGAAGCAAGUGAGGAUGACACAGAAAUUGCGGAGCCUCCAAAAGAAAAGGAUGUCAGGCAUCUGAUAAUGCAGUUGAAGUCAUUUGCUGUGGAAAAAUGCCCAGAAACUAUGUUCCAACUUCCUGUCAACAAUCUUGGCAGUUUAAGAAAAGCCCGGAAAACUGUGAAAAAAAUACUUAGUGACAUUGGGUUGGAAUACUGUAAAGAACAUAUAGAAGAUUUUAAACAGUUUGAACCUAACGACUUUUAUUUGAAAAACACUACAUGGGAGGAUGUAGGACUGUGGGACCCUUCACUUACAAAAAACCAGGACUACCGGACAAAACCUUUCUGCUGCAGUGCUUGUCCAUUUUCCUCAAAAUUUUUCUCUGCCUACAAAAGUCAUUUCCGGAAUGUUCAUAGUGAAGACUUUGAAAAUAGGAUUCUCCUUAAUUGCCCUUACUGUACCUUCAAUGCAGACAAAAAGACUUUGGAAACACACAUUAAAAUAUUUCAUGCUCCAAACGCCAGCGCACCAAGUAGCAGCCUCAGCACUUUCAAAGAUAAAAACAAAAAUGAUGGCCUUAAACCUAAGCAGGCUGACAGUGUAGAGCAAGCUGUUUAUUACUGUAAGAAGUGCACUUACCGAGAUCCUCUUUAUGAAAUAGUUAGGAAGCACAUUUACAGGGAACAUUUUCAGCAUGUGGCAGCACCUUACAUAGCAAAGGCAGGAGAAAAAUCACUCAAUGGGGCAGUCCCCUUAGGCUCAAAUGCCCGGGAAGAGAGUAGUAUUCACUGCAAGCGAUGCCUUUUCAUGCCAAAGUCCUAUGAAGCUUUGGUACAGCACGUCAUUGAAGACCACGAACGUGUAGGCUAUCAGGUCACUGCCAUGAUUGGGCACACAAAUGUUGUGGUUCCCCGAUCCAAACCCUUGAUGCUAAUUGCUCCCAAACCUCAAGAGAAGAAAGGUAUGGGACUCCCAUCAAGAAUUGGUUCCCUUGCUUCUGGAAACAUGCGGUCUUUGCCAUCACAGCAGAUGGUCAAUCGACUCUCAAUACCAAAGCCUAACUUAAAUUCUACAGGAGUCAACAUGAUGUCCAAUGUUCACCUGCAGCAGAACAAUUAUGGAGUCAAGUCUGUAGGCCAGAGUUAUGGUGUUGGUCAGUCGAUGAGACUGAGUCUAGGUAGCAAUGCACCAGUUUCCAUCCCUCAACAAUCUCAGUCUGUGAAACAGUUACUUCCGAGUGGAAAUGGAAGAUCUUACGGGCUCGGGUCAGAGCAGAGGUCCCAGGCACCAGCAAGAUACUCUCUGCAAUCUGCUAAUGCCUCUUCCCUCUCAUCAGGCCCGUUAAAGUCUCCUUCCCUGUCCCAGUCACAGGCAUCAAGAGUAUUAGGUCAGUCCAGUGCUAAACCUCCUGCAGCUGCCACAGGCCCUCCUCCACCCAAUACUUCCUCAACUCAAAAGUGGAAAAUAUGUACAAUCUGUAAUGAGCUUUUUCCUGAAAAUGUCUAUAGUGUGCACUUCGAAAAAGAACAUAAAGCUGAGAAAGUCCCAGCAGUAGCUAACUACAUUAUGAAAAUACACAAUUUUACUAGCAAAUGCCUUUACUGUAAUCGCUAUUUGCCCACAGAUACUCUGCUCAACCACAUGUUAAUUCAUGGUCUGUCUUGUCCAUAUUGCCGUUCAACUUUCAACGAUGUGGAAAAGAUGGCAGCACACAUGCGGAUGGUUCACAUUGACGAAGAGAUGGGACCUAAAACGGAUUCCACUUUGAGUUUUGAUUUGACACUGCAGCAGGGUAGUCACACUAACAUCCAUCUCCUGGUGACUACAUACAACCUGAGGGAUGCCCCAGCUGAAUCUGUUGCUUACCAUGCCCAGAAUAACCCUCCAGUUCCUCCAAAGCCACAACCAAAAGUUCAGGAAAAGGCAGAUAUCCCUGUUAAAAGUUCACCUCAAGCUGCAGUGCCCUAUAAAAAAGAUGUUGGGAAAACCCUUUGCCCUCUUUGCUUUUCAAUCCUAAAAGGACCCAUAUCUGAUGCACUUGCACAUCAUUUACGAGAGAGGCACCAAGUUAUCCAGACAGUUCAUCCAGUUGAGAAAAAACUCACCUACAAAUGCAUCCAUUGCCUUGGUGUGUACACCAGCAACAUGACUGCCUCGACGAUCACUCUGCAUCUAGUUCACUGCAGGGGUGUUGGAAAGACCCAAAAUGGCCAGGAUAAGACAAAUGCACCCUCUCGGCUUAAUCAGUCUCCAGGCCUGGCACCUGUGAAGCGCACUUACGAGCAAAUGGAAUUUCCCUUACUGAAAAAGCGAAAGUUAGAUGAUGAUAGUGAUUCACCCAGCUUCUUUGAAGAGAAGCCCGAAGAACCUGUUGUUUUAGCUUUAGACCCCAAGGGUCAUGAAGAUGAUUCCUAUGAGGCCAGGAAAAGCUUUCUAACCAAGUAUUUCAACAAACAACCUUAUCCCACCAGGAGAGAAAUUGAGAAGUUAGCAGCCAGUUUAUGGUUGUGGAAGAGUGACAUUGCUUCCCAUUUUAGUAACAAAAGGAAGAAAUGUGUCCGUGAUUGUGAAAAGUACAAGCCUGGUGUGUUGCUGGGCUUUAACAUGAAAGAAUUAAAUAAAGUCAAGCAUGAGAUGGAUUUUGACGCUGAGUGGCUAUUUGAAAAUCAUGAUGAGAAGAAUUCCAGAGUUAAUGCUAGUAAGACUGCUGACAAAAAGCUCAACCUGGGAAAAGAAGAUGACAGUUCUUCAGACAGUUUUGAAAAUUUGGAAGAAGAAUCCAAUGGAAGUGGUAGCCCUUUUGACCCUGUUUUUGAAGUUGAGCCUAAAAUCCCUAAUAACCCAGAGGAACAUGUUCCAAAGGUAAUUCCUGAGGAUGCUUUAGAAUCUGAGGAAAAGCUAGACCAAAAAGAGGAUGGUUCAAAAUAUGAAACUAUUCAUUUGACUGAGGAACCAACCAAACUAGUGCAUGAUGCUUCUGAUAGUGAGGUUGACCAAGAUGAUGUUGUUGAGUGGAAAGAUGGUGCUUCUCCAUCUGAAAGUGGGCCUGGUUCCCAACAAGUGUCAGACUUUGAGGACAACACGUGUGAAAUAAAACCAGGAACCUGGUCUGAUGAGUCUUCUCAGAGUGAAGAUGCAAGAAGCAGUAAGCCAGCUGCCAAAAAAAAGGCUACCAUGCAAGGUGACAGAGAGCAGUUGAAAUGGAAGAAUAGUUCCUAUGGAAAAGUUGAAGGGUUUUGGUCCAAGGACCAGUCACAGUGGAAGAAUGCAUCCGAAAAUGAUGAGCGCUUAUCUAACCCCCAGAUUGAGUGGCAGAAUAGCACAAUUGACAGUGAGGACGGGGAGCAGUUUGACAACAUGACUGAUGGUGUAGCUGAGCCAAUGCACGGCAGCUUAGCUGGAGUUAAACUGAGCAGCCAGCAGGCAUGAGUGCCAGGGUCCCUGGCAUCAGAGACAUGUGACAGCCUGGAACUUGUUCUCCAUUCAGUAUGACUUCAAAGCUAUCUUCUAACUGGUACUGCCUUGUGAGUACUUGUCAGCAGGCUGUGGAACAUGUGGCCACUGCAGUUCCAGUGGUUAUUUCUAAGUCUGACACAUCGGCUGAUCCUUGCUUCAGGACCUUCUCUGACAAACUAUGGUAACUAAAUGUGAAAAACCAAUAAGCUGGUGGCUUAUGAAUGCACAUGGGGGAAAGCAGAGGUUUAUUUUAUCUGCCUUUUCAACAUUUCUUUCCCUCUGUACAAUGUUUGGUUGGAUGUCCUUGAGCGUUACGCUGAGUCACAUGGUAGUAUAGGGCCAACAUACAAGCUACCAGUCUAAUGUGUAUAGUAGACUUUGGGAAAACUCGAUUUUUUUUUCAUGUAUUCAUUCUGAAUAGUUGAAAUGUAUAUUUGUACAGUCUUUUAGACCUAUUCAAGUGAUGCUUAUGAUAUUGUUAUUGUGUGCCCAUCAUAGAUUUCUUUUUUCUUUUUUUCCUUUCUUUUUUUUUUUUUUUUUUUUUUUUUUUUUUAGUGUUGCCCUUGCUGUGUAAUAAAUGCUAUAUCUAGUUUACCUAGCAAAAGCUUGAACGGCGCUAGUAAGGACUUUUGGAUAGACUUAGUUUUUGCACAUAACCUUGUACAAUCUUGCAACAGAGGCCAGCCACAUAAGAUAUAUAUCUGGACUCUCUUGUAUUAUAGAAUUUUUCUUGUUCUGAAUAUCCUUGACAUUUCAGCUGUCAAAAACUGGUAUUUCGGAUCUGUUUUCUGAAAUCUUUUAAGCUAAAAUCACAUACAAGAACUGACUUUGCAGCUACUAAUUUUGACACCUUUUAGAUCUGUAUAAAAGUGUGUUGUGUUAAAGCAGCAAACCAGUGAGUGCUGCCUUUUGGGUAUUUAGUUUUAUCUUUAGUUAAGCACCACCCUGGUGUAUUCAUUUAUACCAUCUAAUAUAUGACACUGUUGUAGUAUGUAUAAUUUUGUGAUCUUUAUUUCCCUUUGUAUUCAUUUUAAGCAUCUAAAUAAAUUGCUGUAUUGUGCUUAA